AUGGCCAUCUGCCCUCAUCAUCGCGCGACGCUCGGAAUCAGCUGGACUAGAGGUGGAAGUACAAGAUGCCGAGUUCCUGUAGUUAUUUCGGAGCAUGGAAAGUCUAACCGAGCUUGGCCAAGGGGUGAUAGAGGUUUGGGCAAACAAGAAUCAUCUAUCAUAUUACGCAAUACUGGCGUGUUCGUCCCUCCUGGAUCAGGUAGGCUUUUAUGGUACAACUGUAACGUAGCUAUGCCGUCUUAUUAUAUUUUAAUACUCUAAUUAUAUUAAUGAUAUAUUAUUAAUAUAUGUAUAUGUAUAUGUAUAUGUAUAUAUAUACUGUAUUGUUAUUAUUAUUAUUUCAGGAAUUUGCAAGAAAUGCCGAUGUUUGAUUAAAGCAAUGAACGAUAAAGAUUCCUCAAAGUCACCUUUUAAACCUAUUGACGAACAGAUGGAAGAGUUGACGAUGGUACAAUAUAUAUAAUAAUAAUAAUAAUAAUAAUAAUAGUAAUAAUAAUAGUAAUAAUAAUAAUUAUUAUUAUUAUUAUAACCACACCCAUCCACACUCUUUUGACCCCCCCCCCCCGAUCUUAGGUUUGAAAAACACACUUAUACGUGUCAUACAUUUAUUUAACAGGAUAAUGCUGAACUACCUUCACAAGCUAGUGCAGAGAGCUCUACAUAUCCGCUCGUGCCACAAACUCCCACUGAUAUACCUGAGACUCCAUACACAGCCUAUACACCAUCUGAACGCUCCUUGUUAACAGAAACAGAGAGCACAUACUACUCAGAAUCAACACCAAGGGAAAUAUUAAAUUCUUUUCUGGUAGCAAGGGAUAUAAGCCCUAUUAGAAACCAGCUUACUGCACCAUGGGACGAAGCUUCACAAAGAACUAAGCGACGUUAUUCUCGCAAAGCAAAGCAGGUCGUCUUUGCAGCCUUAGACGAAAUUGCGCCUGAAAGCUCAGACAAGUUGUUUAGUAUUUUGCAAUCAACUGAUCAAGAAGAAGAAAACGUUGAUAAAUCACUCAUAGAGGCACUUGUAGAAUGUUACAAUAACUCAAACCACUGGAGCACAAGAAGACAGAUCUUGUCAAUAAUGGCUGAUAAGGUAUCUUAUUCAUCAUUGAAAGACUGGAUUCCCGGCCUAAGUAGAUACAGGUUCAAUGUGGCCCGUCACCAUAUACUACUUCAUGGAAGAGGUUCUCCAGUUGCUGUUACCAAGAGUGCUCGCAUGUAUAUCCCACUUGAAAAACUUGAUCACUUUUUAUCCUUUAUCACGAGUGGUCAAGUUGUUCUAGAUUUGCCAUUUGGAGAAAAAAUACUGAAGCUCUCCAACAGUGCAACGGUCACAGUGCCAAAUGUUGUGAGAACAUUGAUUCCCGAACAGGUAGUUCAACAAUACAUAACCUAUUGCAAAGAAACUAGCUUUGCGCCAAUGAGUCGAAGCAGCCUAUGCAGAGUUUUGACAGUGUGCAGUGCUUCCGUGAGAAAGUCGUUGCAAGGACUGGACUAUUUUUCUGCGGAUGGUGCUCAAGCAUUUGAUGACAUAGAAGAGCUAGUGCAAAAGCUUGGAGAUGAGUACAAUAAAGGCCACACUUGGGCGAAGAACAUGGUCAGUAAACUGAAAAUGGCAAAACGCUAUCUGAAAAGUGACUACAAGGUAUGUGAAGCCUGGGUGGUCUAUAGAAUUUCGAAUGGGGAUGGGCGAUACUCUAGAAAAUAUUUAGUUGUGUUUGAUAUUUGUUUAAUUUAUUUUUAUUUUUAUGUGAAGCACAUUCCCUUCCCGUAGAAUGAUUUCUGUCAAAAUGAAUAAGAAAUAACAAAAUAUUGGAAGACAUAUUAUCACAACUUCUACCACUGCAGUUUUAUAAUCAUUAUUUCCCACAGUAUAAUUUCAGACGUAAACAGUUUGUUCAAACAGAAAUGAGAAAAGAUAAAUUUAUUCGAUAUUUGCAGGUUCAUGUCUCAAAAAACUCCCGAGUCCCUGACCACUGUAGAUCAUACGCUCUCAGUUGCGAAAGUGAUUCAGGUUACAACAGCAAAUGUGACCAUCGGCACGACCUCAGAUGUGACAGGUGUGACUUGAUUCCAACUGUGUUUGAUGAAAUAGAUUCUGUUCUGAAAGAUCUGCUUAUUGAUAACGAAGAGAAAAAAGAGAUGGUAUAUGUUUUCGCUCAAUCCAAGAAAAAUAUCCACGCCUGGAAAGCUCACCUUUUGCGUGCCAUCAAUCAAGAUGAAGCUCGAUUAAACAUUCUGCAAGAUUUGUCUCCAACCUCAGUUCUUGUAGUGUUAGACUGGGCCAUGAAGUUUUUGCCACGGAAGUAUCGGGAAAGCCAAUCUGAUUGGUAUGGAAAGAAAGGAAUCUCUUGGCACAUUGCAGUAGCAAUCACAAAGGGCGAAUGCCGCUUGGAGAUACUGACAUUUGUUCAUGUUUUUCAAAACUGUACCCAGGACAGCUACUCGGUAAUGGCCAUUGUUGACGAUGUUGUCAGUCAGCUGAAAACCGAACGUCCUGAUCUUAAGAAUGUAUUUUUAAGACAGGACAAUGCUGGCUGUUAUCACAGUGCAUUCAACCUUUUGGCCAUGAAGGAAAUAGCCAAGAAGCACAAAAUUCAACUUAGAGUUGAUUUUUCAGAUCCCCAAGGAGGUAAAGGCUCGUGCGAUCGAAAGGCUGCUACCAUCAAGAACCACAUCAAAGCAUACGUCAACUCUGGAAAAGAUGUUGAAAAUGCUGAUCAGAUGAAAAGCGCUAUCGAGUCAUCAAAUGGUGUUCACGGAGUGAGAGUGAUGCUGUGCGAAACCCCUUCAAUACCGAAGUCAGAUCCUUUAAAAUGGGAUGGCGUCAGCUUCAUCAACAACAUUUCAUACAAGAAAGAUGGCAUGAAAGUGUGGAGAGAAUAUGGCAUUGGCGAGGGCAAGAUCUUAAAAUGGAGUGAGUUUGGCCUACCAGAAGACAUACCUUUGCCAAAGCUAAACAUCAUUAAGGAAUCUGCUUUCCCGAAUUCCACAUUUACGGAAGUGUCUGCUAGAAAGAAACGGGCUACAAAGAGUGAACCUACGCCCAUGGAUGCUGAUAGCUCAAGUUCGAGUUCAGAAGGCGAAGAAGACACAACAAAGCUCUUUCCUUGUCCUGAUGACGGCUGUAUCAGAUCAUUUCAACGAUUUUCGUCACUGCAGCGUCAUCUUGACGUCGGUAAACAUAAGUUUGUCCUAGAACGCGAAACAUUUCUUGACAAAGCGAUGCUGUCAUACGCCGCAAAACUUGACCAAGGAGAUGCAUCACUGACAAGCCAUGGCCAGCUACUUGAAGAGCAAAGUUCUCCAGACACCUCGGUGAAAGACGCCGCUUUACCAAAAGGGUGGGCACUGAAGUCAGCGUAAGUGAGUACCUAACUCCAAAACAGAUCAAAAGUUUCUUUUCUCGCCUCGCAAAAAAGAGAAGAGGAACAAUGGUGAACGAGUCAGACAAAGAGUUAGAGGGGGAUGGACCGGCAAGUCUCGAAGUGGAAGAACUGCAAGAGAUGACAAACAAUGUGAUCAAGGAGGCAGGACUCAUGCAUCCUAUAAUGUUCGAAUCGUACAAUCUCUGUGAACUUGCUAUAUGCUCGAAGCUCUCAAAAUUCUCCAUACAAAUGCUGAAGGAAAUGUGCGUGUUUUUUGAGUUGGACACUUCUGCAUUCAAGGAAACACGGAAGCAGCCUUUCGUUAAUUUACUUAAUGUGGAGUUAAUCGGGAAUUGCAGCUGCAAGGAGUAAUACCUCAAAUUCUUGAGCAGCUGAGCUUAACUGCAUAACACAGGUAUGCGCAAAAAAACGUGGUCGUAAGCUAUCGCUAGCAAAGACUGAUUUACUACAACCAGGGGCAUAGGAAGCUUCUAAAAGUUGGGGGGGGGCAGGCUUUGAGGAGCACUUUCCGAAUAAAAAAGGGCAUCUAAAAAUUUUUCCCGGAAAAGUGGGCGACGGGGGGAGGUCUCAAAAAAUUUUCCGGACAUACCGAAAACAUUUUCCGGAUAUAUCACAUUUUUUCCUAAAUAUGGAAAAAUGUUUCCGGAUAUACCAAAAAAUUUUCCCGAUAUAUCAUAUUUUUCCCGGAAAUGAAAAACAUUUCCCGGAAAAUAACAUAAAAAAAGGCAAAAAAAAGGCAAUCCCUAAGACAUUUUUCACGCAAGAAACGGGGGCUUUGUUCCCGGAAAAAGGGCACUUGGCAAAACCUGGGGGGAGGGGGCUGCCUCCCCCCACCCCCCUCCCGGUUCCUACGCCCCUGACUACAACAUACAAAAGACACGAAAGAUUUGUACUAUUACCUACCAUUUAUCCUGGUAGCGCCAGGUAAAGACCAAAUGGGAACUUAUUAAGGCUUUACAGUCCUUUUUUCUUGCAAAGUUUCCCGCAGAGAGCACUAAUGCCAGUGCCGUAGCAAGCUCGAUAAUUGGGGGGGGGCUGAUAUUCAUAUAUUCGUGUUCUGCGUUAUUAAUUUCUUUAGAAAUUGAUUGUUUAUAUGGUCUGUGAACACGAUUAUAUAAAUAAGAGCCCAUCGGAGAUCCUAGCUGCCCAGGCCCGCUCAGUGAAAUAUGGGGCCCCAGGGCAAAUUAUACCUUUGGGGCCCCUGUGAACCACAAUCACCCCCCAUCCCGUCGACAAAUUUUUUAUCCCCUUGGAAAUUUGUAUCCCCCCCCUUUGAGCUGGGGAUGCGGGGGAAAUUGCUAGCCCUGGCGCCGCCCCUGUUUUAUCAUAACCAUCUACUUCAAAUAAUUAUUAAAGCCCUGGUCUUUUUCAAAUAAUAUUUUUGUCCCGAAAUGACUUAGAUAUGGUGAUUAAAUUAUUACUACGGUAUAUUAUUUAACCAGCAACAUGACGCGUCCAAUAUCGUCAAGAACCUCUGGUCAAGAACAAUCAAUACAUAAUUGCUGUGGCCUGUACAGUUUUACCACACAUUCAAAUAGUUCGAAUUCUAAAUUGUUUAUUACAAGUAAGUGCUAGUAAACUAAAAAUAAAAACUCCUUAUAUGGAUAAACGUUCAUUUCACAUGUACACGCACGCUACAGAUGCUUAAUUAAUAAUUAACGUACGUAUUCGUAAACAUUAAUCGAUAGUCGAUACAUAAAAUGGUACACUAUGGUCAAAAUGGAACAGAACAGCAAUUGUAGUUCUAAUUAUUUUGGGAAAUUUAGUAGCAAACUAAACAGCUCAUCGAUUUGUAUGUUAGCGCUAUAGAUAUUUAAAGUUUACAACGGCUGGGUCGUAGAUCACGUUGAACAGUGAUCUGAAGUUUUAUCAUCAUGCAAAUGACAAGAAUACUCAAAAUACCUGUAUGAUGAUUUUUUACAAAUAUACCGGGAUUUCUGGACCACUUUUAAACUUAGCAAGGCAAGAAGUCUCCAUUCAAGAAUAUGUUUCUUCUCAAAAGGUAAAAUACUUAGAAUGCUUGCUUAAAUUGUUUACUUCGACGGUAUAUAAAUUAACAGGGUUUGACUUGCAAGACGUCAAAAACGGACGAUUUCAACGCGCUGUCGUUUAUCGCGUAUUUAUUUGCCCAAAGAAGUAUUUACGUUGAUUGAAAGCUUGUUUAUUAAAGAGCCAACUAGUAGAAGCAUGAUCGAUUUGGAGCUUUAUCCCAUGGUGAAAAUCAGUUUUGUUAAGGGGGUAUCGUAAAUGAAGUAAGAUAGUGUGCUCCAAAACUACGAUUUUUUCUAUUCCUAAAAGUAACUCAGAUUUCCUGUAAGUCACCUACCCGGUCUUUUGAAUAACAGAGAACAAGAUUUUUAGGGUUUUAGAUCGAUUAGAAACGGUUGUCCUCUUGAAAUUUGUCCUUAAAAUCGGCGCAUAUUUUCCCAGACAAAAUGGCGAUUUAGGGUGGUCGUGUUAAAAAGGCAUUUUCUCAAAGUUAAAAAAGCAUUUGACCUAAAAAAAUGUGUGGUGUAUUUUCCGAUAUAAUAAGGUAUAUCUGGGCAAAAUUUGAGCAAAAUCGAUUUUUCAGUCGUGGCCGCCUCGUGUUUGAUUUUUGUGGACAUGCUCUCUUAAAGUAGUUUUUAUAUAUUCUUUGUAAUCACUAGUGCUGACUAGCAUUUUGAACCUAUAUAUUGUUUGUGUAAUGUAUUAAUAUUCUCUGAAUAUAAUUUUUAAAUUGGUUGAUAGACACAUAUAGCACGGCAAAAGAAUAUCUAAAAACCGCUGAGGAAACAUCUAAUGUUGAAUCUGGGAAAUCAGAUGGCAAGAAUCACCCACGUAAGCGAAGGACAAAAAAAUACAAUGACUACGUCGUCCGUAGCCAAAGUAGUACCGGUGAAAGUGACCAGGGUAAGUUUCAUACGUCAUUGUAAUUAUUACUUGAUAAUAUUACACCAUACUCAAUAAUAGUAUAUCAUACGUCCUCCUCACCAAUCGGCAGGACCUAGAAAUAUGAUUGCAAUGACUGCAUUAUGUACAUUAUUUAGCAUCCCGAAUUAAUGUUGCAUGUAUUGUUAUUGUGUGAACCAUUUUUAGUGAUUGAAGCAAGUAAAAUUUCAUUUCACAUUCUACAGUACACUGUACAGUACUUUCCAGUUUCCCCAACUUCCAUGAGUGUUUAAUUACAGUAUAAAUGUAUGUGUAUCAUAAAAGGAAGAACCGAAGAAAUACAAAGAAAUAUAAAGUACCACAUAUUCAAAUAACUUUUAGUUGUAAUGAGCUACACAUAAGCAUGGAAGGUUUUCCAUUCAAUAUCAACACAGAAAUACAUUUUAACUUUAUAAUAUACGACUAGGAAACAAAUAAUAGAACAGGAGAAAAUGAUGAAUAAAACUAAAUUCUAGAGCGACAGGAAAUUUCUGUAUUAAUUGACAAUAAGUUAUCAAAAUGGUUCAUGACCAACCGGCAUUCAGAGUUUAAAAAUGCUAUAUUACCUGUAUAAUGCAUUAUAUGAAAGAACUACAGUGUAUACAUGCUUUAGGUGAUGAAAGUGAUGAAAGUAACGAGGUGGAAGGCAAGCGUAGAAAAACAUCUGCCACAACUUCACCACCCUGUCUCCCUUUGGCACCUACCGUCUUUGGUACCCGAGCCCAGGAAUUGCAAGAAAGUCCUCCGGUUCCAAGCAUAUUUCCAGAGCUUACCUUGGAUGAUGAAGUCGUUUUUUAAGCAGCAGUAAGGAUGAUUAAAAAUGCCUUAGGGCUUAGGAGUUAAUUGUUCACAAAUUUGCAUAAUGUAGCUUACAAAGUAUACAAGUUUUGGCCAAGUUUUGAUGUAAAAAGCACUUUAUAAAUUAUUAAAUUAUUAUUAUUAUUAAUUUGCUUGGUUUUAUUUUGUCAUUACAGUUGCUGCAACAUUUGCACCUGCAUGUGCAAUGAUGACAUCAAAUAUUGCUGAAAGUAAGUGUCAAAUGUUUAGACAUUGUGAAUGCGUAGAGAUCUAAUACCCAAAAUUUAUGUUUUCUGUUCACACAUUAGUGUAUUGUAACAUAUCCUUGUUUUUUUCUUCUUAAAUUUAUCAGCUAAUCGUGACAAAAGUGCAUUGGCUGGAACAUGUUCUACAACUGGCGAAUAUUCAAGUCACAAAGAAAGCCGUAUUGAUGGCCUUCAAAGUAUGUUAAACAAUUUAUUAAUUUGAGUAAUAAAUUUAUAUCAUUUAAUUUGUUACAUGUACUUUGUUUAAAAUCUAAUAUCUGGUGAUUGUGGUGUAUUAUAUGGAACUCAGGUGUUAUAGUAUUUGUUCAUGCUACUCUGAGUGCUCAGUGUGGAGUGUGCCCUUGGGCAGUGGAUGUAGGCAGUCAGAUAAACCAAUUAUGAACACAUGGUUGCAUGGAGCAGUGCUACAGUAUAACAUAAUCUUAAAAAAGCUGUAUUGUAGCUUUAGUUGCUUCCUUCCUUGACAGAUUCUACCCUGGAGAUGACCCAAACUGUGAGGCCAAUGCGACCAACUCAACAGCGUGACGGUACGUUUUACAUGUGUAUGUUUAUGGAACAGUCUGGAUUGCUAAUAGUAUUUGCUAUGCGACUUGAUAGAGAAUAUACUGUGUGGUGAAUAAUUCUUCCUGGAUUCAGGUUGAGUUUUUUAGUGACAGCAUUCUUUUCCCUUAGUUCUGUCAUGUGGUGUUGGUUCAAGACAAGACCUUGGUACAAGAAGACCUCUUAGUCGGCAAGAAGGCAAGUGUACUGAGCCUUGCUUUAAAUAACUUAAUUAAAUCCUUUAUGGUGGAGUGUACUGUAUGAUAACCAUGAUUAAUGUAGGUGAAAAAAAAGUGUGGAAAAAAAAGUGUGGUCUCAAUCUCGCAAUGUAUUUUGUGUUUUCUUCUGGUGCGAUACAGUAAUUGUAAUAUGACAUGUUAAGAUACAGGGAUUCAAUUUUUUGGACUGUUAAUUCAGAUUUGACUGAUGCAUAUUUCCUUCCUGAGGACACUGCUUUAGGAGAAUUGAUUUUGUCUUGUUUUAUGUACUUUGAACAUGAAUUACAUGUUAAAACAAUAGAUUAUUUUGUUCUGUAUAUAAGAGAUGAUUCAUUGUAAUAAAUUCUGCGCGCUGAUUGGUUAAGCAACAUGCUGAUAUAACUGAAUUCCAAGCACGAAAAUUUCCCGCUUCCAACAAUUCUGGGAAGACUUGAAAUUGUGUGAAAAUACUGCGCCCAUCGGGGGCUGUGUUCCACACAAUCUCUCAUUUUCCCAAUUUCCACUUGGAAGAGAUGGAAAAUGUUUUAUAUACAGUAACAUGUUUUACCUAACAUUAUAUUAAAUCAGUGUAACAGAAUUAGAAAGUCAUAUUGAUUCCUUCGCAGAGUUGGUCCAGCCUGUACGGUCAUCAAAGUCAACUCAACCACGUGAUAGUAAGUUCUACCAGUAUAUUUAAACAUUAAAACAAAAAUCCAUAGAAUACAAUUGCAUGUUGACCAAUCAAAAUGCGAAUAUGUAUGUAGUUAUGGAUAUUCAUGCUGACAGCGAUAAACCACACUAUUGCGCGAUGAACAUCAGUUGACCUCUUUAGAUGUUUUCUGGUGAUCUGGAUAAGAUGAGCUAUCUGCUAAUAUUGUGCUGAGUGGUUAUGUUACUACCUACCUUUUUUAAGGUAGUAAUAUAACCACUCAGCACAGCAUUUUCACAUUGGUACUACCUACACUGGUACAGACAGUUUUAGUAUAUAUACUAAUAUUCCCUUCACAUAUCUUUAAGACCUCCAGACAACCGUUCUAAUGAAGCUGGAAACAAUCAUUGAUAAUCAAAAUGAAAGCCUGCGCAUGCUCAGACAAUUAUCAAUGGCCACUAGGGGUGUUGGUGGCUCUGAUAUUAUGUUAGAAGAUAUACUACCAGAGCCAAUCAAUGAAGUAGUGGCAUUUAAUGCCCUGUGCGAGCAGCUGCCAGAUGACGAAUUUAAAAAGAAAACGGUAAAUAAGCUUUCUUAGAUUUUACUUUUGCCUUUCGUUUACAGUCUUAGAGAAAUUCUUUGUUUACUAAUACAAGUGCUAUUAUGUUUUGCCUAGAUUAACUUCUGCAUCGCAUCGUGUGGUAGCGAUGUAGGAGACAGUGCUAGACGCAUUUUGGCAAAAAUAGGAACAAACGUGCUAUGGUCGGAGUACAGUCUAAAAGGAGUCUGAGGAAAGAUAUCCUUCAAGGCUACAGUAGUAUGCCGAGUUGUGAAAAGUAUGUAACCUUUUUCCCUUUUUUAACGUUUUACCAAGACGGAUUUUCAUUGUGUAGGAGACG